AUGCUCGAGAAGGAAAGUGAAAUGUUGGAGGCCAAAGAGGAGAAGGAGAUGGAGCUGGAGAUGAAACAUUGUCAACCAGAAAAAGAGGAAGGAGAAGAUGAAGCUGUGUACUCCACUGGAGAAACUGAAUAUGCCAAGGAUCAAAUGAAGAUGUUGGUUCUGAUCUGGUCAGCUGCGCUUUUCUCUGUGACGGGCAGUGAUGCUGACACAGGUUAUUCAGAAAUGAGAAAUCCAUACUGUGACAGAGAAUACUGCGUCACUCUUAAUGUGAGAAAACUGAGAGCAGAGGCUGGACUCUGUGUUGUGAUCCCGUGUUCUUUCAAGACUGCUGAAGGCUUUAAAACCCAACAUAUAGUGUGGUAUAAAUGUGAAGCAUCAGAAGCAGGAUGUGAGCGUCCUGUCAUGAUAUUUCACACCAACAAAAGCACUGAUGUUCAACCUGGGUUUGAAGGACGAGUGUCACUUAUCGAGCAUGUUAUUCAGAACAACUGCAGCAUCAUCAUCAGUGAUCUCAAAGAGUCUGAUUCUGGAUCAUAUCACCUCAGAGUUAUUGGUGAACUGAAUAGGAAGACAGAUGGAUUUACAUUUAUUCCUAAAGUUAAUGUCUCUGUUGAAGGUCUUAAACAAAAACCCACAGUAAUGAUUCCCACACUGACAGAGGGACAGCAGGCCACACUGACCUGCACUGCUCCUGGUCUCUGCUCUGGAUCUGUUCCUGAAAUCACCUGGACAUGGAGAGGAGCAGGAGGGACUGAAUCUUACAUUGAAGGAAACAGGACUGAUUACAAGACUGAGAAUCUGACUGAUGUAACACAGAGACACAGCUCAACUUUGACCUUUAAUGCUUUGGCUAAACACCACAACUCUAAUAUCACCUGUAAGAUCAGCUUUAAAGAUAAAACAACUACAGAGGGGAGUUCAGCUUUGACUGUGAACUGUGAGUAUUUCUAA